CUUCAGAGCCGUCUUAUUGUUCGGUUCCUCUUCUCUGCUUCCUCAUUUAUACACAAAGACACAUAGACGUAGACACUCCUUGCGCCACCAAGCACGGCUCAGCAACCAUGGCGCCGUACCUCGACGUCGACGCGCUGAUCCCGCAGCUCACGCUCGAGGAGAAGAUCAGCCUCCUCUCGGGCCGCAACUUCUGGGAGACAUGCGACAUCCCGCGCCUGGGAAUCCCCGCGAUGCGCUUCUCCGACGGACCCAACGGUGCCCGCGGGGCGCGAUUCUUCAACGGCGUUGCGGCAGCCUGCAUGCCCUGCGGCACGGGGCUCGCGGCGACAUGGGACACGGACCUGAUCCGCCGGGCUGGACAGCUCCUCGGCAACGAGAUCAUCGCCAAGGGAGGGCACGUGUCGCUCGGCCCGACGGUCAACAUGCAGCGCUCGCCGCUGGGCGGGCGCGGGUUCGAGAGCUACAGCGAGGACCCCGUGCUGGCGGGCGCCAUGGCCAGCGCCAUGGUCAACGGCGUCCAGGGCACGGGCGUGGCCGCGUGCAUCAAGCACUUUGUGUGCAACGACGGCGAGCACGAGCGCCAGGCCGUCAACUGUGUCGUCAGCGAGCGGGCCCUGCGCGAGAUCUACCUGUACCCGUUCAUGCUCUGCCAGCGGGAUGCCAAACCCCUGGCAUACAUGACAGCCUACAACAAGGUCAAUGGGCUACAUGUCAACGAGGACCCCCGGAUCAUGAAGGACAUUCUGCAGAAGGAGUGGGGAUUCAACGGGCUGAUUAUGAGUGAUUGGUUCGGCACGUACUCUGCCACCGAGGCCGUCAAUGCCGGGCUCGACCUCGAAAUGCCCGGCCCGCCCCGGCAGCGCGGCCCCAACAUCAUGGUCGCCGUCGGCAGCCGCAAGAUCUCGGAACACACCAUCGACGACCGCAUCCGCAACCUGUUCAACCUCAUCAACCGCGUCGCUCCGCUGGGCUUCCCUGAGAACAUCGAGGAAAAGACCAUCGACACUCCCGAGAUCAGACAGACUCUGCGCGAUCUGGCCAACGCAGGUGUCGUGCUCUUGAAGAACGAGAACAACGUCCUGCCACUCAAGAAGGACAAGACGAUCGCCGUCAUCGGCCCCAACGCGAAAAUCGCAGCCUACUGCGGCGGCGGCUCUGCCUCGCUCAAGGCAACGUACCUCACGACGCCCUUCGAGGGCAUCGCCGCGCACGCCCCUCACGCGCAGUACACGCUCGGGUGCCACUGCUACAAGGAGCUGCCCCUGCUCAGCAGCAUGUCGACCCGCGAGGACGGCCGGCCGGGCGUGACGUGCCGGUUUUACAACGAGCCGCCCGAGGUCGAGGGCCGCGUGUGCCGCGACAUCGUCCAGUACCACGUGAGCGACAUGUUCCUGCCGGACUACAAACACCCAGAUGUGAACCCGGAGCUGUUCUACAUGGACCUCGUGAGCACCAUCACCCCCGAAGAGAGCGGCGAGUACCUGUUUGGCUGCUCCGUGCGUGGCACGGCCAGGGUGCUCGUCGACGGCGAGCUCGUCGUGGACAACGCGACCGUGCAGAGGCCCGGCUCGACGUUCAUGGGCGCCGGCACCCUCGAGGAGACGGGCACCAAGUACCUCGAGGCCGGGCGCACGUACAAGGUGGUGCUGCACUUUGGGUCCGGCGCCACGCAGACGUUCCGCAAGAAGGGUUCGACGUCGAUGCGCGGCGGCGGCGUCCGCGUGGGCUGCACCAGGAAGAUCGACGCGCAGACCGAGAUCGACAAGGCCGUCGCCCUGGCCAAGACGGUCGACCAGGUCGUCGUGGUCGCGGGCCUGACGGGCGAGUGGGAGGCCGAGGGCUUCGACCGGCCCGACAUGGACCUGCCAGGCCUCACCGACGCGCUCGUCCGUGCCGUCGCGGCCGCGAACCCAAACACGGCCGUCGUCAUCCAGUCCGGCACCCCUGUCACGAUGCCCUGGGCCAACGAGGUGCCCGCGCUCGUGCACGCGAGCUUCGGCGGCAACGAGUGCGGCAAUGCCAUCGGCGACGUCCUCUUUGGGGCGUUCAACCCCUGCGGAAAGCUGCCGCUGACCUACCCAAAGCGGCUGGAGGACAACCCUGCAUUCCUCAACUUCGGCUCCGAGAAUGGCCGCACGCUAUACGGCGAGGACGUGUAUGUCGGCUACAGGUACUAUGACCGGGCGAAGCUGGCGCCGCUGUUCCACUUUGGCCACGGCCUCUCGUACACCAGCUUCGAGUACACGGACUUCAAGGUGGACAAGAAAGGUGGCGACAAGGUGACGACGUCAGUCACGAUCAAGAAUACGGGGGCUGUGGCGGGCGCGUCCGUCGCACAGGUCUAUAUCAGUCAGCAGAAGCCGCUGAUCAAGAGGCCGCCCAAGGAGCUCAAGGGGUUCAAGAAGGUAUUCCUCGAGCCUGGCGAGAGCAAGACGGUAGAGGUCGAGGUGCUCCUCAAGUAUGCCACGAGCUACUGGGAUGAGGAGAGGCAGAUGUGGAUCAGCGAGAAGGGCGCGUAUGAUGUCCUUGUCGGCGAGAGCAGCGAGGCGCCGGCGCUUGCAGGGACUUUCGAGGUUGAGCAGACGUCGUGGUGGUUGGGAUUGUAAACCGGCUGAACGAAGCAUAUGCAUGGCACACUAGAGUUGCAAUUAUCUCGAAUACUCAUGAUAGAGAUGAUAUUACAACUCCCUUCUGCAAAACCCGGGGUCAUGGCCUUGCCCAACCAACUUGAAAAGCUCGUCAGCAAUCAAGAUACUUUUUUCUCGCCG